GUAGCGGCGCCGAGCGGCGAGCCGGGCCUGCGGCCUGGGUCACGUGGGGCGAGCGCACGUGACCGGACAUCCGCGUCCAACAUGGCGGCCUCCAUGGCCCGCAGGCUUCUCUUGCUCCUCGCGCUGCUCAGCCUCCUCGGCGAGGCGUCCGCGGACGUGGGCGCGGGGGCCUCCCUGGAGGACGACGUGCUGCUGCCCUACCCCCGCGGGCGCGCGCGCCUCGCCCGGGACUGCGCCCGGGUGCGCGCUGGCCGGCGCGAGCACGAGAGCUGGCCGGCGACCCCCGGCGCCCGCGACCCGGAUGUGCACACCUUCGUGUCGCACUUCGGGGACCGCGCCGUGGCCGGCCACCUGACGCGGGUCGCCGACCCCCUGCGCACCUUCUCGGUGCUGGAGCCCGGCGGGCCCGGCGGCUGCGCCACUAGGCGCCGCGCCACCGUGGAGGACACGGCGCGGCCGGCGGGCUGCCUCGUCGCCCAGAACGGCGGCUUCUUCGGCACGGAAACGAACGAGUGCCUGGGCAACGUGGUGAGCGACGGGCGGAGGGUGAGCAGCGCCGGGGGGCUGCAGAACGCGCAGUUCGGGAUCCGCCGCGACGGGACCCUGGUGACCGGGUACCUGUCCGAGGAGGAGGUGCUGGACACGGAGAACCCUUUUGUGCAGCUGGUGAGUGGGGUCGUGUGGCUGAUUCGCAACGGAAGCGUCUACAUCAACGAGAGCCAAGCCACCGAGUGCGAAGAGACGCAGGAGACAGGCUCCUUCAGCAAAUUCGUGAACGUGAUCUCGGCGCGGACAGCCGUGGGCCACGACAGGGAGGGGCGGCUGGUGCUGUUCCACGCCGACGGGCAGACGGAGCAGCGGGGCAUUAACCUGUGGGAGAUGGCCGACUUCCUGCUCAGACAGGACGUGGUCAACGCCAUCAACCUGGACGGAGGCGGCUCCGCCACCUUCGUGGCCAACGGCAGCCUGGCCAGUUACCCGUCAGACCACUGCCAGACCAACAGCAUGUGGCGCUGUGCGCGGCGCGUGGCCACAGUCGUGUGCGUGCACGCGCCCCGCUGCCAGCCCCCCGACUGCAAUGGCCACGGGACCUGCGUGUCCGGGCGCUGCCAGUGCACAGGGCGCUUCUGGCGGGGUGACGCCUGCGACCAGCUGGACUGUGGCCCUGCCAACUGCAGCGGGCACGGACUCUGCACCGAGACCGGCUGCCACUGCGACGCGGGGUGGACAGGGCCCAGCUGCGAUGAAGCAGAGGAGUGCCUGCAGCUCCCCGAGGGCGCCCCCCGGACCGCAGCCCCCCCGCUGCUCACAGGGAACGCCUGGCUGGGCCUCACCCUGGCCCUGGGCUUCCUCCUGCUGGUCAGCAUGGCGGCCAACGUGGCCCUGGUGCUGGGCCCCAGAGCGCAGCGCAGCCGGCACCUGGACGGCGCCUACUUCUACCACCCGCUGCGGGAGGUGAACGGGGACCUGCCGGCUGCAGACAAGGAGCCGCCCGGGGACGCCCGGAACCUGUGCCGGGACUGACCGCCCGCCCGCUGCCUGCCCCCGCGGCCUUGGGAGGCUGGUCCCCGCGCUGGCCUGCUUCCGCAGGGCCACGACCCUCCGGUGCCCCCGCGGCCAGGGCCCAGCCAGCACGUGGGCCUCACCGGGCCGCCACCGCUCUACAGCGCCCCCUGGAGGAGAUAGGUUUUUCCUGCAGGUUUGCUCUGCAGCGCCCCUGGAGGAGACUGUUCCUUCCUGUUGCCCUGGCUCUGCGGCGCCCCCUGGAGGAGAUUGUUACUUCCUGCUGCCCUGGCUCGGCGGCGCCCCCUGGAGGAGAUUGUUCCUUCCUGAUGCCCUGGCUCUGCGGCGCCCCCUGGAGGAGAUUGUUACUUCCUGCUGCCCUGGCUCUGCGGCGCCCCCUGGAGGAGAUUGUUACUUCCUGCUGCCCUGGCUCUGCGGCGCCCCCUGGAGGAAAUUGUUCCUUCCUGCUGCCCUGGCUCUGCGGCGCCCCCUGGAGGAGAUUGUUCCUUCCUGCUGCCCUGGCUCUGCGGCGCCCCCUGGAGGAGAUUGUUCCUUCCUGCUGCUCUGGCUCUGCAGCGCCCCCUGGAGGACAUUGUUCCUUCCUGCUGCCCUGGCUCUGCAGCGCCCCUGGAGGACAGUGUUCCUUCCUGCUGCCCUGGCUCUGCAGCGCCCCCUGGAGGAGACCAUACCUCCCUGCAGGCCUGCUCUGCAGCGCCCCCUGGAGGAGUCUGUUGCUUCCUGUCAUCCCCACUCUGCAGCACCCCCCAGAGGACACUGUCCUUACUAACGCCUCCUGGAAGCAACCAUCCUUUCCUGCUGCCCCCAUGCUGCAGCCCCCUGGAGGAGACUGCCCCUUCCUGCAGGGCCCUCUGCCAAUGACGACCGGAACUUGCUACAAUGGGGUCAAGUGUUGGGGUGGAAGAGACUCAGGACCUCACUGCCAUCCACCCCCCAGACCUCACUGCCAACUUCCGGGAACACAAGUGCCAAACUUGCCAGCUUACGUCCGUUUCCCGUCUCAGGCCACUCCCCAGCAGGGGAGAGUCCUGCCCUGCACCCCCGGGGAGGGGGGCGUGUAGGCUGGAGUAAUAAAAGGGCGUACUGAGGGGACCGGA